AUGUCGCGGCCACCUGCUGCUCGCUCUUCGGCCGCAUCUGGCCUUGCGCCUCCACCACCUCCCAUCUACCCUGCCAGUGCACAUGGCUCGACUGUCUUCGCUGCUCCUCCCCUCUCUGCUGCGCCCACACAUCUCAGUCGCCCACAAUCACGUCUCGAGCCACCGCCUUUGGCUUCGACCAUGGGCCCCAUGCCUGGCACGCUGGAACGACCAAUCCAGGGCCCCAAGAAGCGCCUGAUCGUGACCUGCGACGGCACCUGGCUCGACGCCGACAACGGCCUUGUCAAUGGACAUAAACAACCCCCAUCGAACGUCUCACGCAUAGGAUGGGCAAUCAAGGACACAUCGCGCGACGGGAUCCCGCAAAUCGUGAAUUAUCAGGCUGGAGUCGGGACCAUGGGAGGGGCCGCUGCACGUGCCGUGGGGGGAGCUACAGGUUUGGGACUGAAAGAAAACAUGCGCAUGUCGUAUACAUACCUGGCUGUCAACUGGCGUCUCGGCGAUGAGAUAUUCCUUAUGGGGUUUUCUCGUGGCGCAUUCACGGCACGAUCUGUGGGCGGCAUGGUCGGCGCAAUGGGGCUUCUCACACGGAGCGGCUUGCCCUAUUUCAACGAGAUUUUUGAAGACUGGGAACACCGAGCCGACGACCGUUACGUCUCGCAGUUUCCUGACAUCCCGUUCCCCGAAAAGGGGCGGUUCGAUGAUCGUUAUGUGCAGGAACUGUCAAGGCGUGGAUUGACCACCUUGAACGUCCCGAUUAAGGCGAUUUGCUGCUGGGACACGGUCGGUGCUCUCGGUAUCCCUCGGGUGCCGUGGCUGGAGAAUUUGAGAUUACAGGCCCGCGGCAUGCACGCCUACGAAUUCUACGACACGACACUGCACCCUUGCGUUGAGAACGCGUUCCAGGCGUUGGCGCUAGACGAACGAAGAGCUCCAUUCACUCCGGCGUUGUGGGAGAAGCGGGACAACCACCGAACGAAUCUCGUCCAAUGCUGGUUUCCGGGAGUGCACAGCAACGUCGGUGGGGGCUACGACGACCAACAGCUGGCGGACAUCACCUUGGCGUGGAUGAUCUCGAAACUGGAGCCAUUUCUGGACUUCAGACAGAAUUGCCUGAUGGGACUGUGGGAGGAAAACCGCGCUUACUACAAGCAGACGAGACAGAAGACGAGGUGGUGGAGUUUUGGCGAGAUAUUUGACACCGUCAAGGGCCUCUACGCACUGACGGGAGCGAAGACGAGGACACCUGGGAAUUACUUCCGGUCGGACCCGGCCACGGGACGGACGACCAACAAGAGAUUACGAGGGACCAACGAGUUCAUCCAUGCUUCUGUACGGGCGAGACUGGGUCUGCAAGGUCCUGGUGUCCAAGACCGCGGCAACUACGAGCCACCCGCUCUCCGAGACUGGACGUUCGAUGUGGAAUAUGUCGGGCCAGGACAAGGUGGCAAUCAGGAUGGAUUGCUGGUCAUGUGGAACCACCACGGCCAGUCGUCGCGGCGGAGGGGAGAGAAAGGCGGGCAGGACCGAAUUCCUGAAGAGAAGCUGUCCGAGACGGAGCUGGUGCUUCUGAGGCAGAGUCCGCGCGCCUACGACUACGUCAUGCAGUUACGGCCGACUGGAGUACCGGGCGGGAAGAGGCGAUCUCGAAGACAUGGGCAGAACGGCGUGCCGAAUGGACCUGGUCCACUUCCGCCAGGAAUGGGCCCGUAUGGGGGUGGAGGGCCACCGCCGGGGUCUUUUGUUGGAGGUCCUCCACCACCACCACCUGGAGCCAUGAACGGCAGACGCAGCAGAAGGUCACUGAAUGCCGACCUCUCGCCUGACAGCGACGACAGCAGGGACCGCGACCGCGAAAGACGGCACCGGAAGCGACGAGAAAGCGGAGGAGAUCCAGAUCGCCAUCGACGGCGGCGCAGUCGAAGGUACGACGAUGACGAGUAG